GGAGGGGCGGGCUCAGGGGCAGCCCCGCCUUCCGCACCAAGAUGGCGGCGGGCUGGGGGCUGCGGCGGGGCCUGGGGCGGCUGCUGCUGGGGGGCCCGCGGGGGGCCCGGGGCCUCGGCACCGCCCGCGUACUCCGGCAGCAGCAGGAGUUCACCUCCCUGGAGGAGAAGCCGCAGUUUCCUGGAGCCUCGGCUGAUUUUGUGGACAAGCUGGAUUUUAUCCAGCCCAACGUGAUCUCAGGGAUCCCCAUCUACCGGGUCAUGGAUCGGCAGGGGCAGAUCAUCAACCCGGACGAAGAUCCCCAGCUCUCACAGGAGCAGGUGCUGAAGUUCUACAAGACCAUGACGCUGCUCAACACGAUGGACCGGAUCCUGUACGAGUCGCAGAGGCAGGGCAGGAUCUCCUUCUACAUGACGAACUACGGGGAGGAGGGGACGCACGUGGGCAGCGCCGCGGCGCUGGAUGACGCAGACCUGGUGUUUGGGCAGUACCGGGAAGCAGGCGUGCUGAUGUACCGGGGUUACCCCCUGGACCUCUUCAUGGCCCAGUGCUACGGCAACGCCAGCGACACCGGCAAAGGGCGCCAGAUGCCGGUGCACUACGGCUGCAGAGACCGGCACUUCGUCACCAUCUCGUCCCCGCUGGCCACGCAGAUCCCCCAGGCCGUGGGGGCCGCCUACGCCUUCAAGCGGGACAACGCCAGCCGGGCCGUGAUCUGCUACUUCGGGGAGGGCGCGGCCAGCGAGGGCGACGCCCACGCCGGCUUCAACUUCGCCGCCACCCUGGAGUGCCCCAUCCUCUUCUUCUGCCGCAACAACGGCUACGCCAUCUCCACGCCCACCUCGGAGCAGUACCGCGGCGACGGCAUCGCGGCCCGCGGGCCCGGCUACGGGAUCAUGUCCAUCCGUGUGGACGGGAACGACGUCUUCGCCGUGUACAACGCCACGCGGGAGGCCCGGCGCCGGGCCAUCGCGGAGAACCAGCCCUUCCUCAUCGAGGCCAUGACCUACAGGAUUGGGCACCACAGCACGAGUGACGACAGCUCGGCCUAUCGCUCGGUGGACGAGGUGAACUACUGGGACAAGCAGGACCACCCCAUCUCCCGCCUGCGGCACCACAUGGUGGGCCGGGGCUGGUGGGACGAGGAGCAGGAGAAGAGCUGGAGGAAGAAAUCCCGCAAGAGGGUCAUGGAGGCCUUUGAGCAGGCGGAGCGGAAGCUGAAGCCCAGCCCGCAGCACCUGUUCUCGGACGUGUACUGCGAGAUGCCCUCGCACCUGCAGAAGCAGCAGGAGGCGCUGGCGCGGCACCUCCGGCUCUACGGGGAGCACUACCCCCUGGAGCACUUUGAGAAGUGACGCCCCGCGGGGGGGAGCCCGCUCACCUGGCCCCCUGCUGCACCCGGGGAGUGCCCGGCCCCUGCCUCGAGUUCCCCUGGCCGCGCCGUGCCGGGGGCAGGGUCCCCCGGGUGUGAGCAAGUCCUGGGGGGGGGCGCGGUCACUGGGGCAGCGGGAAUUCCUAGCUCGGACAGAGCCCCCCCCUGGCGUCACGGAAACCCCAUCUCCGGGAUCUCCUCCCCUCCCGCAGGCUGGGGGUCCCCUCGCUGUCCUGCCUGCGGCCUCCCCAGCCCAGAGUCGGGGCGCCCGGGGCCCCGGUGGGCAGAGCUUGUCCCGGGAGCUGGGGGGAGCUGCCCCCAAGCAGGGGCAGGGAGCCACUUCACUGCGGGGGCUGGGCACAGAGCUCGGCCGCAGCCGGGAGACUCGGGCGAGCGGCACCAUCUACCCCGUGUCUGCCCUGUGCCCCUGCCACGCUGGCGCCGGGGGUUGGGGAGGGGUGUUUUAGGGCAAGCUGGUUCUGCUUCCUAGGCUCGGGUGAGUGGUGGGGGUGGGGGGUUGAACCACGGUUCCUGGCGAGUCGGCCCGGCAGAUCCGGUCCCUCGCCGGGCAGCCCCCGGGCACCGGGCAGCCCCCGGGCACCAGGCUCUGUUACACGUAGGAUAGGUGGGGGCAGCGCCCGUCGUGCUGUUACACGGGGGGCUGGGGAAAUCCAGCUCGGCCUUGGAGCCAAUGGCCCUGAGGCCUGGCAGGUCAAUAAACUUUCUCUGUGCUAAGA